AUGGCAAUUACGACUGACCUGAAGGAGAUGCUCGCCCAGAAGACGCGUUUGGUCCACUAUGAACCAUUGAAGCCGAUCUCGCUGGCCGCGGAUGCAUCGCCAUAUGGUCAUGGAGCUGCAAUCUCACAAACAGCGCCGAACAGCAAGAAAGAACCAAUUGCGUUUGCAUCCAAAAUGCUGACGACCACCGAGAAAAACUACAGCCAAGUGGAGAAAGAACAGCAUCCAGAUAAAGCAAAUACUGAUAUCUCUUCAAAAGAGAACAAUGAGGAAAACUGCAUAGUCUCUCUCACAUCUCUAUGCUUCCUUUCCUGUGAUCGGAGCUGGAUAGUGACUAAGUAUAUGUGUUGUGCCUCUAGUUAUCGAAGGGCAUGGCUGGCUAUUGUCUUCACCUGGUAUUAUUCACUUUUCUGAACUAUGCCCCCUCUCUUUGGCUGGAGUGCUUAUGGACCAGAGGGUAUCGGAAUCAGCUGCUCAGUUCAUUGGAAAGCCCACACUAGGAAUGGAAUCUAUAUUACUAAAAGGCAAGCAGGUCAUGAGUCACAUGACCAUGCUCCAGCAAACCACAGCCAACAGCUGAUACAGUAUCUGCAAAUGCACUGUGGAAAACUUGCAAAAAAACGACAAUUUCACUGGUUCAAUGGUGCUUUUGUUGUCACAAGUGUUGGCAAAAUCAAAAAGAAUGAAGCUCGCCAGAAAGAAUACCGUGCCCUUUGUAUGGUGAUUACCACAGUGGUUUGGUUCUUGCUUUGUUGGCUGCCUUAUGGAAUUGUGGCAUUCCUUGCAAUCUUUGGUAAAGCAGACAUCAUUACACCUGCAGCUAAUAUCGUGCCAGCCAUCCUGGCAAAAUGGAGCUUUGUAUACAAUCCAGUUAUCUAUAUCCCAAUGAAUAAGAAUGUAAGUUAG